CAAAACAAAAAACUUAACUAAGUUGCACUCCUAAAGCGCGCAAAUUACCCUGGAAUUUAUGCUACAUUUUUUCUAAACGGUCUUACUGUUUGCGGUUUUGCCAAUGCAAUCCAGCUUGGUCACACUGUACAGACGUGUCAUUUGACGACUGCUGUAAAUACAUAAGUUUUUAAACUCGCGGCAUUUAAUGGUGCAAUUGACCGCUGUGUAUUAUAAUUGGGACUAGCCGAAGACUUCCUCAACGUUUGGAUCCAACAUAUUGGAUAAAAACAUUGGAAACGCGUGCAGUUACAAGCUGCCAGCGUGCCAAACAUCAGCUGGGGCCCCAGCCGAUUUGGAAAAAAAGACCACACCAAAACCCAAACCCAAACCAACGCUGCUUUUGUAAAUAAUUAGGGGGUCGGCGCUGAGGCAGCAACAACUACUUUUCAAAUGGCGGGUCAAAAAUUUCAAUAUGAUGAGAGCGGCGGCACGUUUUAUUACUUUGUGUUAUCGUUUUUAGCAUUGGUAUUGAUACCAACUACGAUUUACUAUUGGCCACGUAAAAAGAAAGAAGAUCUCGGCAAGCAGAAGGAUGAAUGCCAGUGUCCAGAUUGCUUGAAGAAGAAGAUCAUUUUGGCCAAUGCAGAGCCUUAUCGCACACUCAAAUCGCUGGCCAUCAAGCUGGCGAUUGUGCUCGGCUGGGCGCUGCUUCUGUUCCUCACCUAUCGCGUCUCCCAGUUCGACUACGAGAUGGCGAGCUUUGAUCCCUUCGAGAUAUUGAAUGUGCCGCCGACAGCAACGCAGGCAGAGAUCAAGAAGGCCUACUACAAGCUGUCCAAGGUACUCCAUCCCGAUAAGGAGACGGGCGAUGAGAAGUCCUUCAUGAUGCUGAGCAAAGCCUAUCAGGCGCUCACCGAUGAUGUGGCCAAGGAGAACUAUGAGAAAUACGGCAAUCCCGAUGGCCCCGGUGCCAUGUCCUUCGGCAUUGCGUUGCCCUCGUGGAUUGUUGAGAAGGAGAACAGCGUUUGGGUCCUGGGUCUCUAUGGACUGGUCUUUAUGGUGGCCAUGCCCUCCGCUGUGGGCGUCUGGUGGUAUCGCUCCAUACGCUUCAGCGGCGACAAAGUCCUGCUGGACACCACCCAAAUGUACUUCUAUUUCAUACACAAGACACCCCACAUGCUGCUCAAACGCGCCCUGAUGGUGCUGGCGGCCAGUCUGGAGUUUGACAAACGCCACAAUUCACAGGUGGUGGAGCGCCAGUCGGACAACGACGAGGUCCCGGCGCUCAUUCGGCAGCUGCCCAAUCUCAACGAGAAGUGCAAGGAGCAUCCGCUCUGCCGUAUGUAUUCCAUUAAGGCGCGCGCCAUUCUGCACGCCCAUCUCUCACGCAUUCCACUCAAUCCGGAGACGCUGGAGCGCGAUCGUCAGUUUAUUGUGAAGAAGUGUCCGUAUCUGGUGCAGGAGAUGGUCAGCUGUGUCCAUCAGCUGGUGAUGAUGGCCUACGCCCGUCGUGUGCCCCGUCUGCCCAGCAUCGAGACCAUCGAGAACUGCAUGAAAAUGUCGCCAAUAAUUAUCCAGGGUCUGUGGGAGUUCAAGUCGCCGCUGCUGCAGCUGCCCCAUCUGACCGAGGAUCAUUUGUAUUUCAUGAACAAGAAGCGGCAUGUCAAGAACUUGCAACAGUUCGCCCAGCUGAAGCCGGAGGAGAGCCGCAUGCUGCUCAAGAACCUGACAGACUUUGAGUACGAGAACAUAAUGCGUGUCCUGGGCAAGAUGCCGCUGAUUGACUUCUCCAUACGCUGCGAGGUGAUCGACGAUGAGAACACCAAUGUGGUUACGGCUGGUGCGAUCGUAACGGUAACCGUGACCCUGGAGCGCAAGGACAUGAGAACCUUGUUCGGCGACACCAAGGUGCCCGAGAAGCAGGGCAUCAAGGACGAGGCCAACGAGGAGGCAGCGGCGGGCGAUGAGGAUGAAGCAGCCGCUGCCGCCGCCGCUGCGGUGCCCGUCAAGAAGGCCUCCGCCUGGGCCAAGCCGCGCAAGGGCGGCAAGGGCAAGGGCGGCAAGAAGCCGGCCAACAAUCAGAAGAAGAAGACGCAGCCCAAGGCGGCAGCUGUGGCAGCCACCGUCUCCUCGACUACGACGGAUGAACAAACGGCAGCCAAUUCGGAUGCCGAGUCAGAGGCCGGCGAGCAGCACAGCGAUGUGGAGUCUGCAGCCGGCUCCGGCUCCGAGGAUGAGGAUAAGCAAAACAAAAACAAUUCCUCGCUGGACGACGAUGAUGACGAGGAAUGGGAACGCCUGCAAGCCAAGCUAAACAAGCGGGAACGCCUCGAGGGCAAAUCCCGUAUGUCGCACACGGUGCACUGUCCGUUCUUCCCCGAGGAGAAGCAGGAAUACUGGUGGACAUACAUAUGCGAUCGCAAGUCGCGCACGCUACUGACGGCGCCCUACCAUGUCACAAAUCUCGUCGAGAAGGAGGAGAUACAGCUUAAGUUUACGGCGCCGCGUUGGCCCGGCGUCUACACCUUUACGGUCUGCCUGCGUUCCGACUCGUAUCUGGGCAUGGAUCAGCAGCAGGAGCUGAAGCUGGACGUGCAAAAGGCGCCCGCACCGCCCACAGAUCAUCCCCAAUGGGAUCUCAGCGAAUCGGAGCCGGAGCACAAUGAUCAGCAGGAGAAUCUAAGCGAUUACACAACGGACACAUCCGACGAGGAGGACAGCGACUAGACAGCCACAGAGAGAGAGAGAGAGGGAGAGAGUGAGAGAGUUUCUCAUGACAUUGAGCGAAUUUCCCCCCCGCCCCCCCCCCCC